AUGGAUCACAGCUUCGAUAUCACGACGGACACAGGCGCUGCCUCAAUCCACGGCGGCAUCAUUCCCCUGGAACCCCUCAAUCCCAAGGCCAAGCUAAGAACAGCCAAUCAAACCAGCACCAACAACGGCAGCGACGCGCAGUUGAACCCUCCAGCCCCCGAAGAAGAAGAUGCCCCAAGAGCGCAGGGCUCGAGUGGCCUGGGGAUAUCCAAGACCAGAGGUGUAAUUGUCAUCGUCACUCUUGCGGGCAUCAGCUUUCUCAAUACUAUGGGCUCAGGCAUUCUCAUCGCUGCGCUUCCCAAGAUCGCUGACGACGUUGGCCUCUCUGAGAACCUCAUCCUCUGGCCCGCAGCGGUGUACGCGCUCGCAGCAGGAUGCCUAUUACUCAUCUUUGGUGCCAUCGCAGAUGUUGUCGGAGCCAAAUUGAUGUGGGUUACUGGGAGUUUUCUCUUUGUCGCUUUCACACUGGCUGUCGGCCUUGCUCAGACGGGCAUUCAGGUCAUUCUCUUUAGAACAUUGCUCGGAGCAUCUAUUUCCAUGUGCUUACCCACCGCUGUCAGUUUGAUAGCAAACACAUUCCCCAAGGGACCUUGGAGAAAUGUCGCAUUCGCGAUCAAUGGCAUGGGCAGUCCUCUUGGCUACGCUCUCGGCCUUGUUCUUGGAGGCAUCUUCACCGAUACAAUCGGCUGGAGAUGGGCAUACUACAUGAGCGCAAUCAUCAACUUUUGUCUAUCCACCGGCGCAAUCUGGUCUCUGCCAUCUGUGUACACACCCUCCGAGCGAAAGUGGACGACUCGCUUAAUGCAUGAGAUUGACUGGGUUGGAGCUACUACCAUGAGUGUUGCACUUGGCAUGCUGCUAUAUGUCCUUGCAAUGAUCUCAUCAUCCUAUAAAAGGCUGGAUGACCCGCAAAAUAUUGCGUUGUUGACCGUUGCCAUUAUUCUCUUGGCUGCAUUUCCAUUCUGGAUGGACUAUCAGGUCAAGCGUGAGAAGCCAGCCUUGAUACCCAACAGCCUCUGGAAGAACCGGUCUUUCACAUCUGUUUGCAUCGCUGUCUUCUUGUGUUGGGCUUCGCUGAAUGGUAUCGAGUAUUUCACAACGCUAUACUUCCAAAAGGUCGAGGGUCUGUCAGCUCUAGAAAGCUCCCUCAGGUUUCUGCCUCAUGUCAUCAUGGGUGUAGCGGUCAACAUCAUCACUGGCCUACUCAUUGCCAAAGUCAAGGUUCGCACAUUGGCUGUUGUCUCAGCACUUGUGACGAUGGUGGCUGCACCUCUGAUGGCGACUGUUGAUGUUGGUGAGAAUUACUGGCUUGCUCCGUUUUGGGCCAUGUUCCUUUCGCCUGUCAACCCAGAUGUGCUGUUUACUGUGUCGAACCUCGUGAUUUCCGACGCUUAUCCCCCAGAGAUGCAAUCCCUCGCUGGUGGCGUCUUCAACGAGGUAGCUCAAUUCGGUAAUUCAGUCGGUUUAGCCAUCACUGCUGCGAUCGCUGCUUCAGUUACAGAGCACUCAAAUAUCACGGAGCGCCAAGAGGCUUUAAUGAAAGGCUAUAGGGCUGCGUUUUGGACCAUCUUUGCCAGUUGUAGCACUGUCACCAUUGUAGUAUGGCUUGGCUUGAAGAAGGGCGGUAUCGUGGGAAGGAAGCAGGAUUAA